GUUACGUAAACACGUAGAAACGCGGAAACUGUGCGUAAAGCGAAAGCUUCCAAGCUCCUUCACCGCUGCAUCUCUGCGUCAGGGUCAGAUCAGCCAGCCUGCCUCACAGCUUUCAGGUUUUCCAAAAUGGGUGCGCUUUCUAAGGAGUAUGGGUUCGUUGUGCUCACUGGCGUUGCCAGCAUGAUCAUGAUCGGACACCUGGGCAUCAAAGUGGGGAAAGCCCGCAAGAAGUAUAACGUCCCGUACCCACAGAUGUACAGCAAUGAUCCAGAAAAUGGAAACAUCUUUAACUGCAUCCAGCGUGCACACCAGAACACGCUAGAGAUGUACCCGGCCUUCCUCUUCUGCCUGGCUGUUGGUGGUUUGCACAGACCUCGUCUAGUGAGUGGGCUUGGACUUCUGUGGAUUGUUGGCAGAGAGGUGUUUGCUCAUGGAUACUCCUCAGGGGAUCCAGAUAAAAGAAGGAGGGGCAUGUUUGGCACUCUGGCUUUAAUGGGGAUGAUGCUGACCACUUUGAACUUUGGUCGUCAUCUGCUGGGCUGGACAGGACCGCCACGCCUGGGGUUCCGUGGUGCAUCCUGCCACUAAUGAGGAUGAAGAGAGAAGCAUCACAAGCCUUUUUAUUCCAAUCACACUAACUUCAUGUAGAAUAAUGCUGUAUAUCCUGCAGCAUAUAUGCUCAACUCUGACCUGCAUAACAGGUUAAGUUAAUGCUUGAAAGUAACUGGACUGGUUUCUUUGUGAACUCCACUCCUAUUAUAUCACUAUUUUUAUUACAAUGGCUGUAGUUGUAUGGCUUCUAAUGUGUAAUUUUUGCAAUAAAGAUAAACGUCUUUG